AUGGUCCCCAGCCCUAUCCUUCUCGUUGACGUCGUCGGUGCUGUCGGUGCUAUUGUCGGUGCCGUCUACUCACUCGAUCGUUGUCUGGGGUGGUUGGCUGGAGCUGAGCAGAGGCGCGACGAGUCUCCCGAUCUCAGUCAAAUCACCGGAGCCAAGAGCGAUUCUACCAUGGAAGCUAACAUGGAAUGGCGCAACAAGCGCCGGCGCUCAGAGUCAAUUUCGAGCGAGUCCGAAGAUGAGGGAUCCAUGCGCUCACGAACACCGUCGCCCGAGCCCGCUCACACCACCAAGUUUCACCGUGGCGAGUCGCCUCCGAAAGAGCUGCUUUGCACCCUUCCACCGACCUGCUCCCAACCUGGCAAGGCGCAGGCGUUCGCGACCCAGGCGGAGCUCGACGCUCACCAGGCAUCCUUGCAUCAGUGGAUCUGCCGAGUACCUAUCAAGGACAAGGUUGGCCGCGUCGGCGAAGGCGACUUCGUAAUCGUGCCGGAGCAGUUCAGCGGGCGGUCAACAUUCGGCAAAGGCAACAAAUGGCGAGAGUGCGGAAAGGUGUUCCCCGAGGAGAGGCUUCUAGACCUGGUGAGCUACGCUUGGCUGAGGUCAGCUAACUGUCAGCAUUACACGGAGACUCACGAUCCCAUAGCACGGGAGCGUCAGGAGAGGGGCGAGGAUAUUUUUGCUUGCUUCCUCCCCGAAGGUCAGUGCAACAAGCUAUUCCCGACACCGAAGAAGAGACGAUGGCACAUGGUCAAUGAGCACCACUACCCGCACGACUACUUCUUCAGCAUCACGAACCAUGGGGUGAACCAGAUCACGCGGCAGGAGGGCCCGGCGGCGUCUUUGAUCAGACCGCGUCGUGAUCCUCCACCGCCUGAAGAGCAGCGACCAAAACCGGCUCGUCCUCCGCGACGGCCAUCUGACGACCUAACGAGCAUUGACGAUCUGACGACGAAAAUGGAGAGUCUGGAGAGCUCUCUGGCGUUUGUGCCGAGCGGGGUGAGGAAGGCGCGAGCGCGCAGGGCGAUGGACUUCUAG